AACAUCAAAGCCACCACCGGCAGUUUCUUCCUUCGGAGAUAACAAUGAUGAUGCCAGAACUUCCAGAGGAUUUGUUAGAGGAGAUACUCUGCCGCGUUCGAACAUCUUUGAAACGAUUACGAUCUACUUGCAAACGAUGGAACCUUUUAUACAACGAUAAGAGAUUCCAAGAAAAACACUUCCAUAAAGCCCCAAGACAAUCUCUGAUUCUCAUGUGGAAUGAGUUUGGGUUUUCUUCGAUGAGCAUCAAUCUACAUAGAGUUUCACCUAUAGAGGUCACUGGUGAACUUAACCUAAUCGACCCUCAUUCUAGUUUAGAUCAGUUCGGGACCUCUCUACUCUGCCACACUUAUUUUUUUUUUUUUGAUAAUCCAGGUAUCCGGACCGAAGCCCGACUAGCACCAAGGCUUGAGGCCGGUUCCCUGUCGGGCCGUCCGAGCCCAACGCUCAGUGUGUUUCCUGGAGGCCCGAGGGGGCCCGGUGAAAACCUCGGUGGCCAACGGGAAUCGAACUGCGGGCACCAUAUUGGGAUUACCCCCUCAAGUACCACUAGCCCAACCCACGUUGGUUUCUGCCACACUUAUUAUGGCUUAUUGUUAUGCGUCUGUGACAACAACGAGGUGGAAAGUACUAGCCUCGUGGUGUGGAACCCGUGUACCGGUCAAACCAAGUGGAUCCAACACAGAAAGCUUUGCUACAUCUGUACCUAUGCUCUUGGUUCUUACCAAGACAACAAAUCUGGCAAUAAGAGCUACAAAAUAUUGAGCCGCAGGUUUUAUGGUCACCAAGACCCAGAAUUCGAAAUUUAUGAGAUUAACUCGAAUUCAUGGAGGAGGAUCCUUGAUGUCAAUGUGGACUGCACCGAUAUGUACAUUCGGAACGUGUCUUUGAAAGGAAAGACUUACUGGUUUGCUACAGAUGAAAAAGAGAAACAACUCGGCUUAUUCUUAAUCAGUUUUGAUCAUACAACAGAAAGAUUUGAACGUCUAUGUCUACCUUAUCCGCAUCCAUAUCAUGGUUAUCAAAACGAGUAUCUAUCUGUUGUUAGAGAAGAGAAACUUUCCGUGUUAUUACAACGUACAUUUACGUCGUAGACAGAGAUAUGGGUGACAAAUAAGAUUGGUGAGACCAAAGUGUUGUCGUGGAUCAAGGUCUUAGCGGUGGAUUUGACGCCUGAGCCCAAAUUUGACAUGUUAUUGUUGGUCGAUGUGGAGAAGAAAGUCCUCGUGUAUACUCAAAAUAAUGGAUACAAAAGCCAAACUAUGGUAUACAUCGUUGGAGAGGACAACAAAGUUAGGGAAGUGGCUUUUGGAGACGCAUUCAAACCAUUUUUGUUGAAUUAUGUUCCAAGUUUGACUCAAAUCCAGCAAGGUGAUGAUUAAGCUACAAGAAAAACUU